GAUUGAAAGCCCAUUACUAAUUGUCUAGUCAUUUUUUCGAGAAACAAUGGCAUUUGGUUUGUUGAGGUGCGAGCGAAAUAGAGUUGCGCUUCGUCGUCUUACAUGACCAGAUAUACUUUGGCUUUGUACAUAGCCAAAAACAUGCAUGUGUAGGUGGGUGAAUGAAUACGAACGCAUACAUGCUCAGGUGCCCGUCGGUAUAUGUCUUUGAAUUUCCGAUCGCAGAAGGAGGUAACAUACGCGCUGAUCUGUAAGCUCCGUAUGAUUUUUUCUGUUUUCUUUUCCUACGAUGCUAUGUUUUGAGCAACAACUUCCUGAUUUUUUCGAAAAUACAUCCUCCUCGCGAGAGCUUGAAGAACCCUAGAUCUCGUUUUUCUGAGGAUUUUGUCGGUGCGCGUCCUUCGAUUUUGAGCUCGGAUCUGGUCCACUGUGUUUAGGAAUUCGUGGCUAUUCUGUCAGGUUAGUGCCUCAUUUAACUGAUCAUAUGGCUUCGAAUCCUCCCAUUCAGGCGGAGGAUCAGACGGACGAGGAUUUCUUCGACAAGUUGGUGAAUGACGACGACGACCACAAUUUCAACCCUGCCACACUGCCUCAAGGUCCGGAGCUUUUGGACGGGAACGAAUCGGAUGAGGUCAAGGCUUUUGCCAAUCUGACUCUAAGUGAUACCAAUGAGAAUGUGAACAAUGACACAGAUGGUUGGGAAACUGGGAUUGGAUAUAGCGGGUGUGAGAGACCAGUAAAUCCGGACGAUGUUAAACCUGAUUUGUUACCAGAGGAAAAUAUAGAGAAGGAAAUUCCUCCAUUAACCAUACCAGCUUUGGCUGGCCUUGAUAGUCUUGGCGAGUGUUGUAAUGAUAUUUCACCAGAUGACACUGCUCCUCCUGAUGUAGCGGUUGAUAGGAGCAAUGGAUCUGGGGCUUCAGGUGUGAAAGAGGUGGGGUGGAGUGCUUUUACUGCUGGUCAGGAUUCGAAUGGUGAUUUGGGUUUUGGAUCUUAUUCAGACUUUUUCAACGAAUUGAAUGAUACUUCAGUAGGUGGUGUUGAGGAAAAUGUGAGUGCUGGCUCGCAUAGCAUAUCAACCCACCAAAUCUCUGGUUCUGCAUAUUUAAAUGAUACUUCAAAUUCUCAUCCGCAAUAUCAGCUGGAAGCCUUGGAUGGUCAGGAUAUGAAUAGCAGUCAAUAUUGGGAAAAUCAAUUUCCUGGAUGGAAGUUUGACUCAAAUACUGGGGAGUGGUAUCAAGUGGACAGUUAUAAUGCUGGAGGAGGUAAUAAUCUACAAGGGACAAUUGGCCCUGAUUUACAGCAAAUGGAUUGGGUAAAUGGCAAAACAGAGGUUUCAUAUGUGCAGCAAACUGCUCAGUCUGUUGAAGGGACUGAAACAGAGAGUGGGACAAAAGAUAACAUCUCUACUUGGAAUCACCCGCUUUCUCAAGCUACUGAUCCAGCACAGACGGUAACAAAUUGGAAUCAGGCUUUGCAAGUAAACAAUGGGUAUCCAUCACAUAUGAUAUUUGAUCAAAACUACCCUGGUUGGUAUUAUGAUGCAAUUGCCCAGGAAUGGCGAUCUCUGGACACAUACAAUUCUUCUCACUCAACCCCUGAACUGCAGAAUCAGCUAAAUCAGAAUGGUUUUGCUUCUCAUUCACAAAAUAAUGAACAACUGAUGCAUGGUGUGUUUGGACAGGUUAAUGACGAUAGGGCUCAACAGUAUUGUAGUAAAGGAGUUGGUAACAACUGGUCUGAGUCAUUUGGUUAUUACAAUCAAAAAACACCUAGUACGUGGCACACACAGUGUGUUGCUAAGAGCGAGCCAUUGCAAGAAUACAAGGGAAACCUUGAAGUUGAUGCCAGCUAUGGUGAUUACAUUACUACCAACAACCAGCUCACUCAUUCGAUACCUCAUAAGUAUGAGGAAACAAGCAUGACUCAUGGGAAUGGAACUAAGAGUCAAAGUGAUUUUCCAUUAUUAGGGAGGUCACAAGGCUUUGCUUCUGGUCAAGGCUUCAGUCAACAUUUCAGCCAACCAAGCUUUGAGCAAAAUGAACUCAAGCAUUCAUCAAAUGAAUAUUUUAGCAAUCAAAAUUCAUUUACUUUCUCACAACAGCCAUUUCACAGCACCCAGCAGUUAGCAUAUACUCCUAACGCAGAAAGGUCAUCUGCAGGGCGCUCCCCACAUGCCUUGGUCACUUUUGGUUUUGGUGGAAAGCUUAUUUUGAUGAAAGAAAAUAAUUCUAUGGGAGGCAACUCCUUUGGGAAUGAGAAUCCAGUAGGUGGCUUUAUAUCUGUAGUUGACUUGAUGGACAUUGUGACUGAGAGAGCACAUCCAAGUGUUGGGACUAGCAAGUGCUGCUAUUUCCAAACUUUGUGCAGACAAUCCUUCCCCGGCCCACUAGUAGGAGGAAGCGUUGGUAGUAAGGAAUUAAAUAAAUGGAUCGAUGACAGGAUUGCACAUUCUGGAUCUUCUGAUUUAGAUUACAGGAAAGCUGAAGUUUUGAGGUUGCUUCUAUCUCUGUUGAAAAUUGCAUGCCAGUAUUAUGGGAAACUUCGUUCCCCAUUUGGUACUGAUGCUGCGGUUAAGGAAAAUGAUGCUCCAGAAACAACGGUUGCUAAAUUGUUUGCAUCUGUCCAAAGGAGUGUGCAACUCAACCAGUAUGGUGGCGGUAGUCAAUGUGUGCAACAGUUGCCUUCUGAAGGACAUAUGCAGGCUACUGCUGCAGAGGUUCAAAGUCUUCUGGUUUCUGGCAGAAAGAAAGAAGCGUUACAAUGUGCACAACAAGGUCAGUUAUGGGGUCCCGCUCUUGUUCUUGCCGCACAACUUGGUGAUCAGUUCUAUGCUGAGACUGUGAAGCAAAUGGCACUUAGACAGUUAGUAGUAGGAUCACCUUUGAGGACGUUGUGCCUACUAAUUGCUGGUCAGCCAGCUGCUGUCUUUUCUAGCGAUACAGUGUCUGAUGGUGUGAUUCCUGAUUCUGUAAAUGUCCCUCAACAACCUCCUCAUUUUGGUGGAAAUGGAAUGUUGGACCACUGGGAAGAAAAUUUGGCAGUUAUAACUGCUAAUAGAACAAAGAAUGAUGAGCUGGUGCUCACUCACUUGGGAGAUUGUUUGUAUAAAGAGAGAAAUGAUAUAGCUGCUGCGCACAUUUGUUAUCUGGUGGCAGAGGCAAGCUUUGAACAGUAUUCCGACACUGCUAGAUUGUGUCUUGUCGGUGCAGAUCACUGGAAAUUCCCUCGAACUUAUGCUAGUCCUGAAGCCAUUCAGAGGACCGAAUUAUAUGAAUACUCAAAGCUUCUUGGGAACUCUCAGUUUAUUCUUCUACCCUUUCAACCAUACAAGCUUGUGUAUGCUUACAUGUUGGCUGAGGUUGGGAAGAUAUCUGAUUCACUUAAGUACAGUCAAGCAUUAUUAAAAUCACUAAAAAAUAGUCGAGCUCCUGAAGUUGAAAUGUUGAGACAGUUAUGUUCAGCUCUGGAAGAAAGGAUAAGAACUCACCAGCAGGGAGGCUUCUCUGCCAACUUAGCACCAGGAAAGUUGGUGGGUAAAUUGCUUAACCUUUUUGACACUACUGCCCAUCGUGUUGUUGGGGGCUUACCACCACCUGCACCUGUGAGUAUCAAUUCACACGCGAAUGAACAUUUUCAUCAGCCUGUAGGGCCACCUAGAGUCUCCAACAGCCAAUCAACAAUGGCAAUGUCAUCCUUAGUACCUUCAACAUCUAUGGAGCCCAUAAAUGAAUGGGCAGCUAAUAGCAGCAGUAGAAAGACAAUUCACAAUCGAAGCAUUUCAGAACCUGACUUCGGUAGAAGUUCCCUACAGGGCCAGAUUGAUUCAUCAAAAGAUGCGAGCUCUACUUACUCCCAAGAAAAUCCAACAGGAGGCACAUCUCGAUUUAGUCGCUUCAGUUUUGGGUCCCAGUUCCUUCAGAAGACAGUCGGACUAGUCCUAAAAUCACGUCAAGGCCGCCAGGCAAAGUUGGGUGAACAAAAUAAAUUUUAUUAUGAUGAGAAACUGAAAAGAUGGGUAGAGGAAGGUGCUGAAUCACCUACAGAGGAGGCAGCAAUUCCACCCCCACCAACGAUUGCCUCUUUCCAAAAUGGAGCGCCAGAUUACAACUUGAGGAGUGCCCUAAAAAGUGAAGGUUCUAGCAGUGGAAGUCCAGAGUUGAAGAGUCCAGCUUCUGUAGACAGUGGUUCUGGAAUUCCACCACUUCCACCCACUUCUAAUCAAUUUUCAGCACGUAGCCGAACAAAUGUACGGUCGAGGUAUGUAGAUACCUUCAAUAAAGGAGGUGGAAAUGCAACUAACUUGUUUCACUCGCCGUCCAUUCCUUCUACCAAACCUGCAAAUCCCUCGGCUGCCAAGAAGUUUUUUGUUCCUUCACCAGUUUCAAUCUCUUCUGAGCAACAGUCUGAUAUUAACGGCACACAAGACAACUCUGCUGAUGCUAAUAAUGAAAACCACCAACAUUCAUUCCAGUCUCGUGCCACAUCAUCAUCAGACAUGAUGAACAUGCAAAGAUUUGGAAGUGUGGGGAACCUCUCAAACAACGGGAAGACUGCAGGCAUCGGUUCCUUUCCGGGACACACACGUCGAACUGCUUCAUGGAGUGGAAGUUUCAGUGAUGCAGCUUCACCUCAUCUUCAAAACAUUAAACCGUUGGGUGAGGUGUUAGGUAUCAUGCCUCCAUCGUUAUCGUUUAUGCCCAACGAUACUUCAUUAAUGCACGGGUUGGGAAGAAGCGGGAGCUCUGGUGAGGAUCUUCAAGAAGUUGAACUUUAGAAACUCAAAAAAUGUAUAUAUUAUAUUAUAAAUUGAAGUCAAGUUUUUUGUUUUCUUUAGUCACACAGUCUAUUGUGGGGCUGCCCUAAAAUGCUCCUCCCUCACCUCCUUCCUUUUUGCAAUAUUACCCGUGUUGUGUUUAAAGUUAUCUUGUUUUUUAACUUGUAGUAGUAGUAGUUUUUUUUUAAUUUUAUUUUUAAGCUACCUCCCUGUUAUCGGAGUGUAUUGUCAUAACUUAUGAAGGGAUAUGGUUGUCCACAGAUACGCAAUUGUACAUCUCAUUUGUUCAUUUGUUGGGUGAAAUGAACGAACCCCCUAUAAAAUUGUUUGAAACACAAGAUGUGUUAG